AUGAGCGUGGAGUUUGUGUUACAGAGCUUGCCAGGAUGCGGAGUCGAGUGUGAUGCAAGUGUAAUGGAUGGACACACACUACGUCAUGGGGCAGUUGGUGCUGUUCCAGGGGUAAGGAACCCCGUGCUGCUGGCCAGACAGAUCCUUGAUGCCCAGUCACAUCCUUUACCUGGUGGCCUUGUUCCUCCUAGUUUUUUGGCAGGUCCCGGAGCCCAGGAGUGGGCAGCUUCGAACAACGUGGAAACCUGUCAGCCGGGAGACUUGAUUGCUGAGAGAUCUCAGCGUAUACACGAGGAAAGUCUGCGCAACAUUCAAAGACUUCAAGAAGGUGGAGGUAAACGACGAAGAUAUGCUUUGCCUGAAGAAGAGGAGGAAAUGCAGGGUGGACUUCUAGACACUGUUGGUGCUGUGUGUGUUGAUGGCUCUGGCUACGUUGCUAGUGCUGUGUCUAGUGGCGGUCUUCUUCUCAAGCAUACAGGGAGAGUUGGACAAGCUGCAGUGUAUGGCUGUGGCUGUUGGGCCGAGAACAAUUGUGAUGGCAGCGGUGUAAGUGUAGGAGUUAGCACAACGGGAUGCGGGGAGCACCUCAUACGCACUAUGUUCGCCAGACUGUGUGCUCGUGCUGCUAUUGCACCAGAACUGGGAACUAAUAUCACUCAUGCUGUCACUACACACUUCCUGGAGUCUGACUUUCUAGAGGGUGUUCAUCCAAGAAUGGCUGGUGCACUUAUCUUGCGUCAUGACCCACAAGGAGGUAUAAGUGACCUCUACUGGCUCCACACUACUCGCACGAUGGGAGUUUGUUAUAUGACUACCAGUGACCGCAGACCACAGGCUCAGUUUUCGGAACUUGCUGAGGACAAAAUCGGAAUCUCUGUAAACCUGCAGAGUAAGUCAUUCGGUGGUGGCAUGCCAGUUGUGACAACAUCUGCUGAACUUCAGGCUGGUCCCUCACAUUCUGGGGUAUCUGGUCUCAUGGUGGGAGAAGAGGAGGAGGAAGAGGAGGAAGAAGAGGAAGAGGAGGAAGAAAGGGAAAAGAUUGACUCUAGCGAUGAAGAAGAAGAACCAGGAUAACAGGGAAGACGAGAGUAAAAAUAUGCAAUUAAAAUAAUAGGGAAUAAGUCCUGAAUUACAAAAUUUAGAUCCUCUCAUCCUUAUUCAUUAUGUAUGAGAGUAUGCUAGGUAAUAAUGGUCGAGUUUAGUUAGCAAAAUUGCUUUUUCACGUAUUUGGAGUAAAUUUUAAUAGAAAUGCCUAAUUUCAAUUAUUUCAUGUGAAGAUUCAUUUGUUGCAAAUUUCUAAAAACCAUUCUUUAAAUAAUACUCUUUUUUCCCCAUGGUAAUAUAUUUUUCAGCCAUCAAUAAGGGAAAAUUUUAUCUUCUCUGGGUAAGAAAAAUUCUCAAAGUUGGUUUUUUAAAUUUGGAUACCACUAUGGAUCACACCUUAUACUAGGUAUUUCUAUGAUGAUUUAAUAGCAUUCAGGGUAACAUGCCAUCAUGUUUGCAAAUUUGCAUUUAAAAUCAUUUUAGUAUUAAGACUCAUCACAACUGUCACUGCCAAACGUGCACAGCCACUUACCAGUAUUUCCAUAGUAACUACUUUCUGGAGAGUGCAUUACAAGCCUGUGGUAGCAGGGUGAGCAGAUCAUAUUUGGACCCACCACUUGUUUACAAGCUGUCUGCCUCAUUUUUAUACUAUAGAUUUGCCAGCAAGGGAUCACAGAAACAAGUGUUUCAGAGCAUAUAUAAUGUACCAUUAUUAUGACAUACAUAAGUAUAAUUCUGAAUAUUGCUUGUGUGUGUCAGCCAUUGUGUACUGUACUUUAAGAAAUCUCAAAUUAGUUUAACAAAAUGAAAAUUUUGAGGGAUGACCUUAGAAGAUUCUUGUUAAAUCUCGCUCAGGUACCACAGGUAAUUUAACUGCCACACAGGAACCAUACACUACCUCAGUUGUGCCACCAACCAACAGUACCUCAUUGACUUAACAACAUUCAUUCCCAAGUUGUUGAAUGAAAAUAACUUCAGUUAUCCUGUUUGAGUUAUGUGAGCAGUGCUUGUAGCCACAUUGUGUAAUACCAACUUCAAGGUAUCAGUGUGAAUGCACUUCUCACACUACAUAACGUUGCUAUAAUAGAAUGGAUGAACGGCAGCUGUUUAGGAUGAAUGUUGGAAGGUCACUGAGGGCCUGAACUGCUCAGGGUGGGCUAGCUAUCAUUAAUUGUUUUUUCUCUUGCUCUUGCUGCUUUUACCUGUGCUCUUAUUACACUUAAGUGGAUAAUCAGGGGGUCCCUAACUUACGAACGCCUCCAAUUAUGUGUGCUCACUCGCACAAACGAGUUCUAAAGAAAAUAUUGACCAACAAAUGUGACACUGUCCUUUCUACUAAUAUAUUAGUUGCUACAAGAUAAUAGGAUGAGGGUCACAAACUUGUUUAAGUUAAAGCAGCACCAGGAAUGCAAUUAAUCAGAAUUAUAAACUUGCUUUUAUGAAUGGGGAGCUGACAAACCAAUUAAUUUUUAUGACCCUUGAUCUGCAAAUAUAAAUUUGUUGAACAUAACCAAUUUCUGGACUACAGUAUUGUAUUCUGUAGGAAAAUAGGUUCCAUGUUACAGUUUGUAAAGUUGGAACACCAGGGACAACUUGUUCAUAAGUCUGGGAGACUGGUAUUCAAAAUGUACUUUUCAAAAAUGGUCUUGUUUGUGCUAUAAGAUUCCUUGAGGGUAUUGACUUACCAUGUUACAGAUAGAAGGGUAGUCUCCAUGUGUACUAAAAAAGCAGGUCAUUAAAUGAUUUGCUUUACUACAUGUCAUAUGUAAAGUCUGUGAUGUCCAGCACAGCCAGCUGGUAUUGCUUCCUCCUGCAACCCCUCAUCACACCAUGCGUGAAUAACAUACCAAUUUUUAUACAUUUUGCCACUUGUAAUUUGCUUAUUGGCAGUUAACUAUACUUAUAUAUAUUAUAUAGGUUUAUUUAACCAAGCCUAAUGUAAAAUAAUUAAAAUUAAAUGUGUGCAAAGAGAAUUAUUUGAAACUGAUGCAAUGUAAUGCAUAAGGAAAUGAACGGUGUAAAAUGAGGAUUGGUUGCCUCUGGCAACAAACUAAUGAUAGUCACUUGUUUUUAUACAUUCCAUAUGUUGCUGAUGCACAUUUUUAUUGAUGCAUUCCCUGUAUGUCAAUGUAUAUGUACCUAAGCAUGUGCAGCUUGAGCAGCAGAAACAGUUUACAGUUCCUCUUAGUGGUGCACACCCUGAGCCCCCACCAAGUGCCUGUCCAACCACUAUACCUCAAAAAUCUCCAUAGUAACUCAUUCCAGUGGACCCAUAUCAGGAGUUUUGUUGUGCUCAUUCCUAACCAAUCAUACGUAGGUGGAGGUCUUUGUCAGUAGAGAACCGAGUAUUUUUUUAUAACAAACCUUCACACCAUUUUACCCUUGAUAGUUUUCAUAUGAGUUAUGGUUGGUUUUGUGCAAUGCCUAUUUGCACUGCUUGUUUAGAAUUGCUAACAGCAAUCUACAGAUGGCUGUUAUUUUAUAGGCAUUGCAUUUAUCCAACCAACAUCCAUAAUCUCAUGUGUUAUAUUAAGACAUUUUUUCUAAAAAUAUAAUUAUUUAGCCCUAUUGGGCACUUUUGUAAUUGUAGCUUGUAUUAGUAGAUUUUGAGCUAAUUUUAUGUGCUUAUUGUAAUCUUAACAUGGGUGGUCAAAGCCCAGUGUCAUUGUAAUGUAUUUUUAAUUAGUAAUUGGGAUUUAAACUUGUGGUCUGGCUGUACUGAGUAGCAGGAGUUUAGCGUGCUAAUCUGUAGCAUAGCAGACAGAUAUCCUGGUAAUUUCAGGAUGGCCAAACUAAAUGUUCAGAUUCUGAUAACUACUUAAAAUUUUUUUUACAUUCAUUCAUAAUGAAUUUCUCAGUACUGUACAUUGUAAUAUAUAUUUAAGAAAGUGUCAGCCAAGUUCAAAGUAAACCAAGGCUCAGGUUAUGUUUUGAGUCCUUGUUUAGUAUGUUACAUAGCUGCAACCCAUCCUCCUCAACAAACAUGGGUGUUUACUAUGACUCAGGAUAGUGGAAAAAGUAACUGACACUCAAGAUGUGAACAUUGGGUAUGUGUUACAUACACUAUUGUAUUCUCGGUUUUGUGUUAUAUACAGUAUUGUAUUCUCUUCUUCAGCCCUCUCAGUGGUUCUGUUUUUUAUUUGCUCAUCAAAACAUAGUCUCGCCUUUAUGUACGAUUGCAUUUAAAGGUGCUAAUGUAUGUAAUAAUUGGUUAAAUUUGGUUAAUAGAUGUUUACUUAACUUGAAUAACAUAUGUAGAAGAAUUGGCUUAAGUUAAUAUAGUACAAAACCAACAUUAUGAGUUAGGAGGAAAGGUGUAUAGCUGCUGCUACCUUCCCAGAGGGUACACCAGCUUUUGUACUUGAUUGUUUUAAGAUGUGGCAGUCUUUGCUCGUACAAACCUCGUACAAUGUGUUGAAAGUUCGUAAUAAAUUAAUGUAACUUCGUCUGUCGUGAUGGGGUUUAAACCUCUGAUAUUUCAGUCCUAGAAUUAUUAGCCAGGUGCAUUAAUGAACUGCAUCACAGAGUCAUAAGACUUCUUACCAGUAAAUCUGUUUGACUAACUCUUAUGACUGGUGUAGGAAGCUAAGGCUCUGGCUGGACUGGUAAUUCUAAGACUGUCAGACCACAGGUUUCAACCCUGCCGCUCAAAUCAUUCAGCAUAUUCUCAACUGUUUUAUAGUUCUCCUGAGGCUAAUCAUGAGUGAUGUUUUACUACAAAAUAUACUAAGCUUGUGUUGUGGUGAACUUUUGUGAUUUCUAUGUAGGUUAUCCAUAUGCAAUAGCAUUCAGUAUUGCCAAUACAUUGGGCUUACAACAGAAGCCCUGGCUUAUAUCCCACCAUCGUAUCCCACAUCCAAAGAGUGAGGCAGUUGUACAUUAAUUGCCAAUAAGAGGUGUCAUUUACUAUUCAUUGUGUGUCAAGUAUCAGUAGCAACUCAGAAUUGAUGAAUGUAAUCUACAUGGUACUGGAAAUGUGUAUUAUGCACGCCACAAGUAUCUUCAUUAUUUAAUUCAUCUUUAUUGCACCCACAAAAUAAUUAAUUUUUUAACUGAUUUAAUUAGCAAGUACUUAUCUUUUCUGUAGUAUUAUAAUAAUAUAAAAGAAAAUAGUUAUUAAGCAAUAAUUUGCCAACAUUUGCUCAUUGUAUAAUGGUUAGUCAGUCAGUGACUCACAUAUAUUAUCACUUGAGGAAGGUUACUUAUGUACACAAAUUCACAAUUUUAACCGAUUUUCUUGAGGCGAGUGACUUACCUUGGGAUAGAUCUUCUUGAGGUGAUUAACUUACUCUUCUCUUGGUAUCUAUCCUGACACUGACACACACACACACUAACGCAAACCUAAGAAUAGCAUUCCGAUACCUCAGUAAGGAAUUGUUCAAGACUCUGUACACCAUAUGUGUCAGGCCCAUAUUGGUAUGCAGCACCAGUUUGAAAUCCACACCUGGUUAAGUACAUCAAGAAAUUAGAGAAAGUGCAAAGGUUAAGGGAAAUCAGCCUGACGAUACUGGAGGACAGGGGAGACACGAUAACGACACGCAAAAUACUGCGAGGAAUUGGCAAGGUGGACAAAGACAAGAUGUUCCAGAGAUGGGACAAACAAGGGAUCACAAUUCGAAGUUGAAGAGUCAAAGGGAUGUUAGGAAGUAUUUCUUCAGUCACAGAGUUGUCAGGAAGUGGAAUAGCCUAGAAAGUGACGUAGUGGAAGCAGGAACCAGACAUAGUUUUAAGAUGAGGUUUGAUAAAGCUCAUGGAGCAGGGAGAGGACCAGUAGCAAUCAGUGAAGAGGCAGGGCCAGGAGCUAUGACUCAACCCUUGCAACCACAAAUAGGCAAGUAUACACACACACACACACACAGACACACCACUACACAUCUAUCCUCGCAAAUACACAUUCAGCCACCAGCGUCAAAGUUCCUUGAAGCUGGCGAGGGACUCUUGGUACCAGUAAUAGGACCUUACCUUCCCUUCCUUGGAUCACACUUGGUUGCUUCCUAUUCCUACAGGUGCUGUAUAAUCCCUACAAGUUUAGCACUCCUUUCCCCCUUCCCUCAAAGUAAUAAUAAUGCUAUCCCAGCAAACUUACAUACUUCACAGCUUCUGACAUACACACACACACACCACUCUUUAAAUUAUCCCAACACAUUAUUCAUCCUGCUCUCUCUAAAUACAUACUCCACUACUUUUUAUACCGACAUAUAGUUUACCGUCUCAUCCACACACAUUCUCACAUUCCCUCAAGUGCUUUUAAGACAUGUCAGCAAAUAAGUGUAUAUUAUUAUUAUUAUUAUAAUCAAGGGGGAAGCGCUAAACCCGGAGGAUUAUACAGCGCCUGGGGGGGGGGGAUAUGUGGAAGGCAUUCAGGCUUAAUUCGGGGAACUGGAGCACAGAUCCAAUUCCCUAAAUCAAGAGCCCCUCACCAACAUCAAGGAACCUUCCUUGAGGGGAAAUAAGUGUAUAGUAUUAGUAAAAUUUUUUUUUUUUUCGUUUCAAAGAAAAAAAAAACAAGUCACAAUAUUGUGACUGGGCAAAUUUACAACCAAGGAAUUGAUGAAAUUAGAUAACAUUUCAUCUCUAUUUUUUUUUUUUUUUUUUUUUUUUUUUUUUUUUUUUUUUUUUUUUUUUGGAGUUGUGAAAUGUGUUAAGCACUGAGGGUGGCAUCAGUUUGUCAUUGGCAAGAUAAACUGGGUAGUUGUUACAUGAUUAUUAAGUACACAAGAUACAAUAGUUUACUCGGUACAGGUUUAGUGUCCAUGAUUUAAUGCAGUACAGAGUAUUCAGUUUUGUUUAGCAUCCAACAUCUGGCUUAAUACAGUGUACUUGGUAUAUUUAUCCUCCAGUAGUAGUGUACUCUGUACAUAUUUAGCAUGCAAUUAUAAUCAAAGAAAGCACUAAACCAACAAGGGGUUUUAGCAUGCAAGUUCUGGCAUAGUAGUGUGUACACUAUUUGAUACACAUUGUGAUAAACUACAGUAUAUUGGGUAUGCAUUGCUAUUUAGCAUUGAAGAUGCAAGGUACAUUAUUACAUUGCUGUGUGUCUAAGAAGCUAGGCAUUACAGUACACACUGUAAACAUUGUUAUUUAGCAUCCAAGAUAUACAGUACCAAAUACUAUAUUAAUCAGGGAAUUGGGGGGGAGGGGGUGAACCCAUGGCAAGGGAGUCUUAAAACUCCAGGCCAGUGU